AUGUUGAAAGGUCGGGAUCCGUUAUCUUCGCUGAAAAUGAUCGAAGAACUCGGCCUAUACAAGCUAGUUUUCAGCCCUCCCAAGAGUCUAAAAGAGGAGACAAUCGAGCCAUCAAUAGCCGUCGAAACGGCAACCUGUCUAGCCGGGCUCCUUCACCUCACCAAUGAUUCCAAUCUGUCAUCGUCGACUCUGCCUCCCAACAUCUCCAAACUGCUGCCUCGCUCAAACGCCCUCAAACGGCGGCUCUUCCUCGCUUCUGCUCUUUCACCCUAUCGCGAGUUGAAAGCUAAGGCCGGCAAAAAGGAGCUCUGGGCCGGUGAGGUCGUCCUCAUGGAGAGCCUCAAAUUCUGA